AUGGUCAACGAACGCGGAAUUGAAGCCAACCCUGAGAAGAUUGAGGCCCUAUGCAAGAUGAGGUCCCCCCAAAAGCCAAAAGAGGUACAAAGCUUGAUUGGGCGAGUAGCCACACUUAGUUGCUUCAUCUCCAAAGCUACAGACAAAUGCCUCCCAUUUUUCAAACUAUUGAAAGUUGGGAAGGAGUUCCAAUGGAUCGAGAAAUGUGAAGAGGCCUUCCAACUCCUGAAAAGGCACCUAGGGCAGGCCCCACUCCUCUCUAAACCAAAGCCUAGCGAGAUUCUUCAACUGUAUUUAGCUAUCUCCAAUGAGGCCAUCAUUACGGUUCUAAUCCGAGAAGAAGGGAUGACCCAACUCCCCGCGGUGGAGCUAAGUAAAUUUGACCUCGUAUUCAAGGCUAGGGAGGCCAUCAAGGGCCAAGCCUUGGUUGAUUUUGUGGCAGAAUUUGCCAAUUUACCCGAGGUGGAUGAAAUCAUGGAAAAUGUCGAGCCCCCUACGUGGAACUUAUUCAUGGAUGGGUCGUCUGGGAAAAUCGGUUCAGGUGCCGAAGUUGUCCUCAUCAGCCUAAAAGGUCACAAGCUGAACUCGGCUAUAAUGUUCAGGUUCAAGGCCACCAAUAAUGUGGCAGAGUAUGAGGCACUUCUUCUGAGCCUCGGAUUAGCUAGAGAAAUGCAAGUAAAGAGGCUACUUAUCAGUAGCGACUCCCAGCUAGUCGUUAGCCAGUGGCAAGGACUUCAAACUACUCACAAUAGUACAAUAGAGCACCUCCUCAUACCAUCAACCGAGGCCCCCAAUGUGAUGUGGGUUGCCGAGACUCAAGGUAGGCCUACCUGGAUGCAGCCCAUCUUAGCCUACCUAAAGGACCAGGUACAUCCCGCUAAUAAGCAUGAAGCCUACAAGCUAAGGAGGAGAUUAGCUCAUUUCCUCUUCAUCGAUGAUGUACUCUACAAGAGGAGCUUCUCCUCUCCACUCCUUCGAUGCAUGGGAGGAGAAGAGGCUACCUACAUCUUAAGGGAAGUCUACGAGGGAGUGUGUGGUAACCACUCUGGAGGUCUAUCUUUGGCACAAAAAAUACUGAGACAAGGGUACUAUUGGCCUACCUUGAAAAAAUACGCCCUCCAGUUUGUAGGAAAAUGUGACAAAUGCCAACGAUUCUCUCCUAUCCAAAGACAACCAUCGCAAGAUUUGACUGAGGUCUCCAGUCCCUGGCCUUUCUCGAAGUGGGAUAUGGACAUCAUAGGUCCUCUACCGAAAAGGCAAACACCUCCAAGUUCUUGUGGAAAAACAUUAUAUGCCAGUUUGGGAUUCCCUACUCAAUCGUCUCAGACAAUGGUAAAUAGUUAG